UUUUCUUCCUUUUGUAAUUGCUAUUCAAUGUCAUUGAGCUUGUUCACAAAGUCUGCACUUCUCGGCAAGUCAGCUGUAUACAGCCCUAUUCGCGCAGUUGUCGCUUCAGCUUUUCAUACCAGUACUUUCGCUGCUCAAGCAACUCCUGCUACACAAUGGACAGCUGAUUCUGUUCGUACUGGUGUCAUUGCUAGAAAGAAGGGCAUGACUUCUGUUUGGAGUGAAAGCGGUAUUCGCUUGCCUGUGACUGUAUUGCAGUUAGAGGAUGUGAUUGUCACCGAUGUUCGUACUGAAGAAAAGCACGGCUAUACAGCAUUGCAAGUUGGCUGCACACCAAAGAAAGAAAAGAACACACCAAAACCUAUGAUUGAACACUUUAAAGCUUUAGGUGUUGAACUUCGUCAAAAGCUAUUUGAAUUCAGAGUAACAAAGGAUGCAGUUUUGCCCAUUGGUACUCCUUUGACAGCAGAACACUUUGUGACAGGCCAAUAUGUUGAUGUUACAGCACCUUCCAUUGGUAAGGGUUUUGCUGGUGUCAUGAAGAGAUGGAACUUUAAGGGUCUUCCUGCUUCUCAUGGUGUUUCUUUGACACAUCGUUCUGGUGGUUCAACAGGUCAGCGUAAGUGGCCUAGUAAAGUUUUCAAGGGCAAGAAGAUGGCUGGUCGUCUUGGUGGUGAAAGUGUUACAGUUCAAAGCUUGAAGGUUAUAAAGAUUGAUCCUGAAUUGAAUUUGGUUUAUGUGAAGGGAUCUGUUCCUGGAUUUGAUGAUCAAUUUGUCAAGAUUAAAGAUGCUGUCAAACUACGUGGUGAAAAGCUCUUUCCUAAGGAAGCUAUCCCACCACCUUUUCCUACUGCCAUUACAAACUAAGUUAUCCCCCCCUUCUUUUUUUUU